AUGCGUUUUACCUUACCGUUUCUGGUAGCUAUAGUUAUGACAAAUGCUGCUUCUAUAACCCUUUGCGAUGACAACGUGACGGCGAUUGAAGCUCGCGAUGGGGGCGGCUAUCGCUCCGUGGCAUACUUUGCGAACUGGGCCAUAUAUGCAAGGAACUAUGUUCCUCAAAACUUGCCUAUUGAACAACUGACGCAUGUUCUGUACGCCUUUGCCAACGUCCAAGCCAGUGGGCAGGUGUUUCUUUCUGACAGCUGGGCAGAUACUGAUAAACACUUUGCUGGCGACUCCUGGAAUGACCCAGGAAAUAAUGUAUAUGGAUGUGUAAAGCAACUUUUCUUACUGAAGAAAAGAAACCGCAAUUUCAAAGUGCUCCUAUCUGUUGGUGGAUGGACCUACUCCCCUAACUUUGCAGGGCCGCUUAGUACGACAGCAGGGAGGGCCCAAUUUGCCUCAUCAGCAACCACCCUGGUUCAGAAUCUUGGAUUCGAUGGAAUUGAUAUCGAUUGGGAGUAUCCUGCCGAUAGCACCCAAGCUGCCAAUAUGGUGGCCACGCUGCAAGCACUACGCCAGGCCCUAGAUUCAUACAGCGCAGCAAAUGCAAAUGGCCACCAUUUCUUAAUCACGGUUGCUUCCCCAGCAGGCCCUUCCCACUACCAGCAACUUCAACUUGCAGCUAUGGACCAGUAUCUGGAUUUCUGGAAUCUCAUGGCCUAUGAUUAUUCAGGAAGCUUUGACACCGUCACCGGGAAUGAUGCCAAUCUCUAUGCUUCUACCUCUAACCCAAGUAGUACCCCUUUUAACACGGAUCAAGCAAUCAAUUACUACACCUCGAAUGGCGUGCCUGCGAGUAAAAUUGUGUUAGGAAUGCCACUUUACGGUCGCGCUUUUAUGAACACCAAUGGCCCCGGCACCGCUUACAGCGGCGUGGGGAGCGGAAGCUGGGAGAAUGGAGUAUGGGACUACAAGGCACUACCCCUGCCUGGAUCAUCGGCCAAUUACCUGGAUCAGCCCAUCGCUAGCUACAGCUAUGAUUCCUCCAAGAGCAUGAUGGUCAGCUACGAUACCCCUCAAGUCGCGCAGAAGAAGGCACAAUACAUCAAGUCCAAGGGCCUUGGUGGUGGGAUGUGGUGGGAGAGUAGCAGUGAUAAGACAGGAUCAGACAGUUUGAUCACCACGGUUGUUACUACACUCGGAGGCACUGGUGCUUUGAGACAAGUACAGAAUCAACUUGGCUACCCAAUUUCCGUCUACAAUAACUUGAAGGCCGGGUUCCCCAAUAACUAG